GGGAUCUCUCAAGCAAGCAGACCAACUCUCUGGACUUUCUUUUUGAAACACUGCAAGAAACUUUGUGAGGAAAUAUGGCAUCAGCUGGCUUUCAGAUACUGGGCACUGCCCUGUGCAUUAUUGGCUGGAUUGGGAUCAUUGUUAUCUGCGCUUUACCCCAGUGGAAAGUGACAGCCUUCGUCGGCCAGAACAUCGUCACAGCUCAAACUACGUGGGAGGGCAUCUGGAUGACCUGCGUAGUCCAGAGCACAGGCCAGAUGCAGUGCAAGGUUUAUGACUCCAUGCUGGCCCUGCCCCAGGACCUCCAGGCUGCACGAGCUCUUGUCGUCAUCGCUAUCCUGACUGGUAUUAUUGGCAUUAUGCUGGCUCUGGCAGGGGGCAAGUGCACCAACUGUGUGGAGGAUGAGGGUACCAAAUCCAAAAUUGCCAUUGCAGCUGGUGUGUUCUUCAUCAUUUCUGGUCUUCUGUGCAUUAUCCCCGUGUGCUGGACGGCAAACAGUAUCAUUCAGUCAUUCUACAAUCCACUGGAAUCUCAGAAGAGGGAACUGGGAGCUUCACUCUUCAUUGGCUGGGGAGCAGGAGCCCUACUCAUUAUCGGUGGUGCGUUCCUUUGUGCCAACUGCCCUCCCAAAGAUAACUACUCUGCCAAGUACUCAGCUCCCCGUUCAUCUGCCCCAGCUGGGCCCAAGGGCUACGUCUGAGGAGAGACAAGCAACAGGGGAGGCUGAGCAGGGCAAGAGACUGAAAAAAGACUUGAUGCAGAUCCUCUGUGGUCCAUUAUAUUGAUUGAUGAAAAUAUUACAGUAAUGCUAUUGUGCUCACAGUUUAAAUUGAAUGCACAAAAGUGCUGAAUUACAUGUUGUCCACCACAUUUGUUUAAUAAUUGCUAAGAAAAAAAGAGAGAGAGAGAGAGAGAAGCCCACCACGCCCAACAAAACUGGGUGUGAUGCAAAAAAUUGUGCCACACUGUGGACUCACAAAACUGUGGAGUCCCACAAUGCCAACACGAGUAACGGAGUAGCAUUCAUCAUGUUAUUUGGAUGUAAUGUAUUUUUCUUUCAUGUUUUCCAUUUGUAACUUUUGCAGAAUAUUUCAUGUGUUUAGUGCAUUUUUAUUCUUGGAUGUUUGAAACUGUAAAUAAAAACUACUUUUUAACCAAU